AUGUGGUCCAACAACAGUGAUGCUCCUUUCUUGCUGACUGGCUUCCUGGGCUUGGAAGCAAUUGACCACUGGAUCUCUAUCCCAUUCUUUGUCAUUUACUUGUCCAUCAUUUUAGGGAAUGGCACACUUCUCUUCAUCAUUUGGAAUGAUGGAAGGAUGGAAGGCCAUAGCCUUCAUGAGCCCAUGUACUAUUUCCUUGCUGUGCUGGCAAGUACAGACCUUGGGAUGACACUAACCACGAUGCCCACAGUGCUAGGUGUCCUAGUGUUGAACCAGAGGGAGAUCGGACACAGGGCCUGUUUCAUUCAGUCCUACUUCAUCCACUCAUUAGCCAUUGUAGAGUCAGGGGUCUUGCUUGACAUGGCCUAUGACCGCUUUGUUGCCAUCUGCACACCUCUACAUUACAACUCUAUUCUUACCAAUUCCAGGGUAAUGAAAGUUGCACUGGGGGUACUGCUGAGAGGUUUCAUGUCUAUUGUGCUCCCAAUCCUGCCACUCUUUUGGUUCCCAUACUGCCAUUCCCACAUUCUUUCUCAUGCCUUCUGCCUCCACCAGGAUGUCAUGAAACUUGCAUGUGCUGACAUCACCUUCAACCGCGUGUACCGUGUACCCUUGACUUUCUUUCUUGAUGCACUGAUCAUUGUCUUUUCUUAUGUCCUCAUUCUGAAGACGGUUAUGGGUAUCACCUCUGGAGAGGAGAGAGCAAAAGCUCUCAAUACCUGUGUCUCCCACAUUAGCUAUGUCCUGGUCUUUUACGUCACUGUGAUUGGUCUGACCUUCAUCCACAGGUUUGGAAAGCAUGUCCCACAUGUGGUACAUGUAACCAUGAGCUAUGUCUACUUUCUCUUUCCUCCCUUUAUGAACCCCAUCAUUUACAGCAUCAAGACCAAGCAGAUUCAGAGGAGCAUCCUCCAUCUACUCUCUGGACACAGUAGGAUUUGCAUCAGCAUCCCAGAAUAUGGAUGUGAUUUCUGGGCUUUUAUUGGAAACAAAUUUUGUUUUAAGUAUUAUUUCUUUAGUAUGUAA